AUGACAAAUAAUUUGGACAUUUUAAACAAAGGCAAUAAACCUACUUUCGUAAAUUCGAGACGUAGUGAAGUGAUAGACGUAACGAUAGGAACUACAUUUGCCAGUAACUAUGUUUGGAAAUGGAAUGUGUCUGAUGAGGAAAGUUGUUCAGAUCAUCGACACAUAAACUUUGAAAUCGGAGGGAUUCAGAUCUCGAUCCUAACAUAUCAAAAUCCCCGGAAAACAAACUGGGGAGCCUACACGGUGGACCUGGAAACCUGUUUAGACCGCAUGGAUUUUGACAUCAGAGAUUUCAUAGACCUAGAGUUGGCAGCAGAUCGAUUACAGGAAGCCAUCAUCUCUACGUAUAACGAACAUUGUUCCAUAGUAAAUCAGAGAUUAAACGGGAAUGUGCCCUGGUGGAUGAGACAAAAAACUAAAAAAGCCCUCAAAUGUGCAAGGAAAUCAGGUUCAUGGGACCAAUACAAAAGGUCCCUAAGUGAGUAUAACAAAGUCCUGAGAAAAUCCAAGAGAGAUACAUGGAGAAGGCAAUGUGAGGAGGUCGAACAGACCCAAGCAUGUGCCAGGCUCUACAAAAUACUCUCGAAGAAAUCUCAGGUCUCAAUAAAUAAUCUGAAAAAAGUCUGGUAG